AUGGGGAGGUCGGACUUGCAGGAGCAAUUUGAGCGCUCAAAAUAUAUGGAGCGGAUAUUGAAACGCACCAUUGAAGGAAUCAGGCUUGAUACGAAAAGUCUUGCUAAGCUGGCCGAUGCACUUGAUGCUGAUGCCUCGGACGUCAAAGAAGCGGAGGAGCUAAUAAUAGAUGAUGAAGCCUGCACGAUGGAUCCUGUUGCAGAUACUGUUACACAUUUCUCUGGAGAAUUCUCAUAUUGGAAUUUCUCCAUGCGCGUCAAGGAUCACAUUGAGAAACGGAUGGAAACACUGGGAAGCAGGGACCCACAUGAUUACGAUCAAGAGGCAGAUUGGCCACGAGCUCGUCAUCUGCGGCCAGGAAGGGCUCAUCUGUCAGCAGCAAUAUCUUGUUGUCCUCCACGUCAAAUCGCCGACUUCCUGGCCAGAACCUUCUUCAAGUACGCAGAAACUCAUUACUUCUUUGUUGAUCAGCAUUGGCUUUUUGACAAAAUGCAUACACUUUAUACCGACCAAGGGAAACUCACCGAGAAGGGCGGCGAAGUGACUAUCAGUAUUCUUCUCAUGAUCUUCGCCAUCGGCACGCAGUAUGCGCAUCUUGAAUCCUCGGCACAGAACCCCUCAGGCUCCACAGGAUCCAACUUUGCGGAGGAAGAUAUCGGUACAACGUUCUAUCAACAAGCAAUUCGCCUUUUACCAGAGAUUAUUGAGCAUUCAUCUCUUGAAAGUGUUCAAGCCUGUUUACUUUUUGGCUACUAUGCGCUGCCUAUUGAUGCUUCAGGGUUGGGAUAUAUUUAUAUCAAUAUUGCGGUCAGAUUGGCCAUGCAGAAUGGCAUGCAUCGAAAAUGCAAGAAUAAUGCUUUUAGCCCGACGAUGAUCGAGACACGAAAUCGCGUCUGGUGGACUACAUACUUGCUUGAAAGAAAAAUAUCCAUCUUCCAUGGUCGGCCUCUGUCGAUGCUCAGAGCGGAUGUUGAUGCCAGUAUACCUCUUCAUCGACCUGAAUUAGAGCUGGGUGACUCUCGAGCGAGUGUCGCGCGUGCAGAAGCAUCAAUACAGCUGAUAAAUUUUCUAGAAGAUAUUUUCAAUGAAGUAACCGCCCUUCGGAGCUGUCAAAAACAGCAAAUUCCAAAGAUCAUCAAGGGCUUGUUAGCCCGCAAACUGACAUUGAAAGCGUGGUGGAACACUCUCCCUGAGGAAGUAGUGAGCGAGAGAACUCGAUCACCAACCCAAAUCCGCUCAAUAAUGCAUCUACGGCUCGAAUAUUGCCUAGUCCGAAUGUUCACGGGACGGCCUUUCUUGCUAAAAAGAGAAUGUUUGAGUACAAUGGGAACUUCACCGCACUCGGAGACCAGUCCAUCUGAAAGCCAUACAUCGGCCGACACUGGAAAUCAGAAAUUAUCGUCAAGCCGCAAGGACUUAAUCGACGACUGCGUUGAAGCAGCAACAGAGGCGUUGGGAAUUUGCCAAGGUCUAAGAGAAAAUAGCGCCGGCUUGGCACGAGCCUCAUACAUCGAGUAUAGCUCAUGUCGAGCAUCAUUGCUCGUCCUGAUUGCUUAUUCCAUUCAAAGCUUCUCUGAAAAGUUCCGCAAGUUACUCUACAAUGGUCUGGAUAUGAUUCGAGAAAUGUCGGUGGCUGGAGAGUCGGCUCGAUUUGAGGUAGCGUUGAUUGAAACACUUGAGCGUGCUCUUGCUCGCUUGCAUACUGGACCACAGGAGUCGCGGAUGGGGAAUGUAACACAGCCUGAAACAGCUGUAUCUGACUAUGAGAUGUUCAAGCACUGGGGUGCAAGAUUACGAGAAGGCACGACAAUUGAUACGCCUGGAAUUGCAACAGCCCCAGCUCACCAGGUCAGAGCAACUUUGGCCUCGAAGCAGCUCUGUUCCAAUGAUAACUUGGAGAUAGACUACACGGCUGCACCAUUUGACAAAGAUUUCGACGCUGGAAUGUUUGGAGCCUUGGAUUCUGUUAUGGGAAUGACUAUCUUCGGUACUGAAUACUCUUCUCCAUCAACAGCAUGGCCAACCUGGACAGAGACUCAGGUCCUGGAGCAAUUCCUAACGAAUCCGGAAUUCGGAAGAUGA